UGUCUUGUAUUCAGAUUCUACUGGUUCUUUCUCUGGGAGUGAACAGCAUUUUCCAACAUGAGUUUUUUGGAACUAUCUUGAAUCAUUGUGUUGGCUAAGAAGAGUCAAGCAAAUCAUAGUUCAUCAUCACAAUGUUAUUAUUGCAUACAUUGUUCUGGUUCUGCUAACUUCAUUUUGAAUCAGUUUAUUUAAUUAGAGGAGGCUUCUAGUCCCUAAGGCUACUGGAAAUUUGAGUGAUGCAAUGGCCUCACAUUUGGACAUUUAACCUCCUUUGAUUCUUGCUUUUCUUACUGCUACUCCUGCCUUGGUCCUGGUUCCUCAAAAACAUGUUUCUUACCAGACCCAGUCAGUGCUGAUAUCAUGUCCACUACAUCGGAUUACACCAUUGUCUGAAUUUGGUUCACUUUACCUCCAGGCUGACCAAAUGGCUUACUUUAAACAUCAGAUCAUCACUAUUAAGUCCUCUCCUCAUCACUUGAAUGAUCGCUCCCAAUUAACAGACUCUGGGCUUCAGGAAAAAGCUGUGCCCCUUGUGAGUAAGAAGAAGACAAAUAAAUUAUCCCAGCAAACCAACCCUGAAAAACAUUCUGGUUUGCUCUUCAGGAGUAGGACUCCACGCAGUGGAAUUCUGUAUCCUAGGGAUCACCAGGCCAACAUAGUAACCUUAAGGCCUUAUAGCAGUAAGACCAGGGCCAGAGAUGGGCCAGCAAUCUCCAAUCGCAAGACGGAGCCAAAUCCCAGUCCCUCAAAAGCAUGGAAGGUAACAUCAGAGUUACGAGGUAAAAAGCUGAGCAGGGCCACAGUUACAACAGCACAUUAUCCUGAUCCUAGCUCCAAGACCACAACUAAGAGACAAGCAUCAGCUGCUAGGAACCAAGCGUGGAAGAAGUUGCAUUCUGAACAGCAAGGGAAACAAAAUUUGGGUUCCAAUGAGCAAGCCAAACUCAAAGUUGCUUCCCAGCACCAGCCUAACAGCCCUAAUGAGUCGUCCACACAUCUACUCAAUAGAUUCCAAAAAAUAACACCACCAGGUCCUGAAACCAAGACAAAAAAACAAUUAAUUAAGAGAAGUUGGACAAAGUUUUUCCAUGAUUACAAUAACCAGACCAUGAUUCCUUUGAGACACCAAUGUCAGACAGAGUUUGCCCUGGGCCUUGUCUCUGAUGAUUUACUUCCACUGAACCGCACCUAUAUAAAAUCUGAGGGACCCUUGAGCAUAUGCAUGGUCUGUGGAUGUCAAAAAACAUUUAAGCCUUAUAUUGUUCCCCGAGCCAAGACUCCACCUUGUCAGGUCUGUUCAUCCAGAUCUCAAUCAAGGAAGACUCAGUCGCGCCCUGAUGCCAGUACCCCAAUGUCUCUACCAAUGCUCGAACCCCGCUCAAGGGUUCCACUUCAUCCCAAGGUUCAAGACAUACCAGUCCCCAAAAAGCUUGCUUUACCUUUAACUGACACUCCAAAAAGACGUUAUUACCAGACUAAGGCUACACAGAUCUCUGACUACCAAAAUGAAGAACAAGACCAGGUCCAAACUAAGCAGAAGAGAAGUGCAUCCAGAUAUUUAUUUAAUAUCAAACCUUAUACAAUCGAGGGGCAAACUCACAAUACAAAAUUUGUUGAUGACAUCAUAAGCCCCUUCCCCAGGGAAAAACCAAAAAGUAAUUUCUCUAAUGAGGUUCGCGUGUGGCAGAUGAAAGACUAUCCCAGACGUACCCACUGGACUAAUCGAUAUCUGUCUGCUAAUGAUAACUCUGGGUUAGCUUGCUCAUGGCUUCCAAAGAAUUCUUAUCGUGUUGACAGAAAGAUCACUGUACCAACAUCUUUGCCUAGUCCACAGAAGAAACGUGUCAAAUUUCUUGUUGAAAUGCCCCAGUCAAAGAACUACCCCAGUCUGGAGAAUCAAAGUAUCUUUUCUUCUAAACGCAGGCUCUUAUACCCUACACCAGUCUUUCCCUUGUGCUCUUACUCAGAGACUGUACCCCUGGCUCCAUUAAAACCCAAACUCACUUGGCUUGACUUCAUACGUUACAAAUAUCGCCAGCGAAAUGAGGAGAGAGCAUCUCCAAGUCAAAAGUUGUAUGAGAGAGAAAUGCCCUAUACAAGCAGGAACAGCAUAAGAGAGAUGUCAGUGAGACAAAAUCCAUGUCAUAUUUCUCUGUUAAAGAAAUUUGAAAGUAGGAUAAACAAUUAAAACACAAUUUUUUUCUUUUGUAUAUCACUUGAUCCCUUGUAUGUUGUUGUCUCUUAAGCUUGGGCCUGAACUUAUGUAUUAUUUGAAAUAUGGAGUCAGCACAGCUUGCUUUUCCUUGGGGUUGAUAAGAGAAACCAAUUAUAGAUCCUCUUAGUCAAUAAGUAUAUUGAUAUUUACUAUGCGUCAUUCACUGUGCUAAGUGUUAGCAAUACAAAGUCAAUCAGUAAUUAGCAUUCAUUAAGCAUAACUUGUUUUCCAAGGACUUAUUAAGUACUGGAUUUCUAAAAAAAAAAAAAAAGUUUCUGUUCUUAAAGAACUUACAGUCUAAUGAGGCAAUAAGUGAACAACCAUGUAUCAAAUAUGGAUAGUUGAAUGUUGGUUGAUAGAUAUAUAGAUAUAUACAUAUAUACACUCAUUUUGUUCCAAGAAUUGAACAUAAAAUACC